GGAUGCCAUGCCAAGCUGUUGACACAGAAUAUGUUUUCUUACCACUUAAAACAAACGUAUGUAAAUUGAACAGGAGCGUGCUCUUCAAUCCCUGCCAGUGAUAGUACUGACCAUGUACCGUUUCGUUGAUACUACCGUGACUGAGUUCCAAGGAAGUUCCUCUCGCAUUCUUUUAGAACACCAAAACAAGACGGAAAUCGCUGAUUGACAUACCGAUUUAUUUUUUACUUUAACUUUAUUACAAGCUCGUAAUACAGCUGGGCUAAAGGAAGACGUCUAAAUGGAGAGAACAGCCACCAGUCAUUUAUUUUGUAACUACAUUUCCUUCACGGCUUCAGAAUUAAGGGACACUUUUUUCCUCCAGUCAGAAAGCUGUUGACAGGUUGUGAACAGCCCGGAAACGCCCUGGCACACAAAGCUGGAGUUUCGAAAUUCCUUCAAAGGUAAAAUUACUGGGACUUUAUUCACAUCGACGUGAAAAGUCGCGAUUCCCAGCUAAAUUUGGCUUUUUUGUUAUGCUGUUUUGAGUUCAUCGGUCUGUGUGCUUCGAAGUGACGUGACGACAAACGCAAUCCAACAACAUCCAACUCAGUGAUCAUCCUGAUUCAAUUCGGAUUCUUCACAGCUUCAAAAUGUUACUGGUCUUUCUAUUUCUAAUGGCGAGUGUGCCAGGUGGCGAGACAAGUAAAACUGAGCCCAUGUCAGUGACAGAGGGGGAUGCUGUCACUCUAUAUUCUGAUCUUUCGGAAAUACUGAAUGAUGAUACAAUAAUAUGGAUGUUUGGACCUAAAGACACUUUCAUAUACCAAAUUCGAAGAAAGGAUGACUUGACCUCACUUAUGGUCACCGAUGAUGAGAGAUUCAAAGGCAGAUUGCAGGUGGAUCAAAAGACUGGCUCUCUCACCAUCAGAAACACCAGAAAGAGACACUCAGGACAAUAUAAACUAACAAGAUCUAGAGAAAUAAUUACAAUAAAGAUAUUUAAUGUUACUGUCUUAGCUGUGGUUGGUAAGACGGAUGGAGUCAAGUCAGUGUCAUUGUCAGUGAUGAAGGGGGAUCCUGUCACUCUACGUGCUGAUUCUGAAAUACACCAAGAUGCUCUGAUGCUCUGGAGGUUUGGAGAUAAAGGCAUUCUUCUAGCUAAAAUUGACAUUGAGACCAAUGAGAGCUCAUUAAAUGAUGCUGAUGAGGGAUUCAAAGAUCGGCUGCAGCUGAAUGAUCGGACUGGAUCUUUGACCAUCAAGAACACCAGAACCACAGACUCUGGACUUUAUGAACUACAGAUCAAAGGCAGUGAGAGCCUACACAGAUUCCUGGUUUCUGUCAGAGAUGCUGGUCUUUCAUCCAGUCAUAUAACAGGAAUAGUAGUUGGUGUUAUUAUUUCUGUUCUGCUGAUCCUGAUUCCCUGUGUGAUUUACUAUCGCCGCAGGAUUUCUAAAUUAAAAGGACAAAUGGUCGAAGAGAAAAAAACAGUGAUGGAGGGAGAAUCUCUCACUCUACACACUGGUUUUACUGAAACACUGGGAGAUGUUACGAUACAGUGGUGCUAUGAAACUGAAGACAAUCUCAUUGCUGAAAUCAAAAGAGGGACUACAAAGAAACAGGAGGGUGCAGAUGGGAGAUUCAGGGGCAAACUGAAGCUGGAUGGUCAUACUGGAGAUCUCACAAUCAGUAACAUCAGGACCAUUCACUCUGGACUCUAUAAACUCAAGAUCAGCAGCUCCACAGGAACCAAAUACAAGAGAUUCAUUGUUACAAUCAAUGUGAAGUCAGUGUCAGUGACGGCAGGAAAUUCUGUGUAUCUCCAAACUAAUGCUGAAAUACAGAGCGAUGAUCUGAUACUGUGGACGCGUGGAGCGGACAACGUUCUCAUUGUUAAAAAAGAUUCACAGUCAACUACUGUUAAUGAGAGAUUCAGAGGCAGACUUCGGUUGGGCAAGAAGACUGCAUCUCUGACCAUCACAGACCUCACAAAUACAGACUCAGGACAUUUUAAACUGCAGAUCAUCAACUCUAAAAAGACCAUAUUCAGGAGAAUCAAUGUGACCGUCACCGAUUCCACAGGAAACCGAGUGAAAGAAUCAGUGACUUCCGUGACACUGCUGUUGCAGGAAUAUGUUCCUAAAGGGGUGAAUCAGCAGGAAGAAACUGUCUGUUACAUCUCCAACAUCAUUCUUCAACAACAGGCUUCUGCUUUUAUGAAACGGAGAAAUGAGCCCGUUUACUGGAACGAAGCCUUGUGUGAUGAAGCACCCUACUAA